CAGGCAGGAAACUAGUCCUCCGUUUCUGUUUCUGUUACCAUGAACGUUUCUCGUCCUGCAGAUCCCAAAACUCCACAUUUCCAGAGAAACGACGAGGAACUCCCUGUUUCUGUGGACAAGCUACGGCAGCUGAUAGAAGACAAAGUUAACAUCCUGCAGUUACCGGCUGCUGAGGACCAGCAGGGUUUGGUGUUGGAGGAGAUCCCAGGAGAAGAGGAACUGUUAAGGUUCACUGCUCUGAGUCAGGAGCUGACCUUUCACCUCCAGCAGCUGCAGAGACGAACUGAGCAGGAGCUCAGAAACAUACAAACACAACUCUCUCAGAUUGAAGGCCGCUUGCAGCAGCUGACCACUGAGCUGUCUGAGCUUCAGCAGAGGAGGAAACAGACAGAAGCAGACCUGAAGACGAGUUCCUGCCCUCAGACAGCCACCUUUCAUCUGUGCACCCAUCAGAAGCUUCAGGCCAUCAUAACUGAGCGUUUGAUCCAGUCUGAACAGUUGGUGUUCCAGGAGGAGGCACUGAGCGCGCUCCGUAACCUCCUGACACAGGAUCUGCAGAGGUACCAGGAAGAAACUCGUAGACUCACCUGCUUCACAGAGAAGAUCACCAGAAAAUCCCAGAGGUCAGACGGAGAGGAAACCUUCAGCUGUGCACAGGGUGAAGAAAGUAUGCAGGGAAAGAACGAGACGGAACCAGAAAAGAACAUGCAUCAACCUGAUUCUUCCUCAUCCCCAGUAAGUUCCCAGUUGACUUCCAGAAAAGAGGCAACAAAGGAGACCUUCAGAGCCAGCCAUGAGAAACCAGCUGUUGGCUUGUCCCACAGUUCAAACCUGCGGCGAGCCAACAGCAUCAAAGACCUGAUCAGCAGAUUCUCUGGUCCGAGUCCCUACUCAUUUUCCAGUUCAUCUCUGAGCCCUUUCUCUGGACACAGACGAGUCAUGAAGUCAGUUUCCAUGGAGGCGCUGUACUCUCCAAACGUGAAGCUGAGUCCAUUCACACCAAGUACUGCCGGACAAGUCGAGAGUCCACUUCCCAGCGUCACUGUGACUCCGCCCAGAGACGGCAAACAGAAUGAGGCUCGAUCCGUUCAGAAGGGCACCAAAUCUAAGAUAACUGCAAGAAUUGAUUGUCCAGUAGAGGGCAGCACUCGGAAGACUGAUCCAGAAAAAACGAGCAAACCAAAAACUCCAGAGUCUGGAAGAGAUUCUUUGGCUGACUCUGGUAUGGGAUCGGAGUCAGAAUUUGAUUCGAACAAGCAGUCCGACAGCCCAUCAGAGGAGGAACCCUCCACGCCCAGAGCCACAACGGUCACCCAGAACCCAAAGUAUCAGCUGCUGAUGCACCACGACCUGAACACCAACGGGCUGGGCAGCAGAGAGGCCAAAAGUCCAGGAGGCGGCGGGUCGGUUGGGGAGAAAAGCCCCAGGCUGUCCAGAUGGGAGACCACCCGGCUGGGGACGAACAACUUCCGCGGGUCCCUGGAGUCCCUGGCCUCACGGGACUGGGACACAGGUUCUGACAGGUGUAUGAACAGCGCCACCUUCAGGAAGAAACACAGAUUGAAGACGGGCGUCAUUGACAGCCCUGCCAGGGUGUUUAACAGUCCGUACUCCACAACCACAUCCAUGGAUUAUAACCCCACAUACAGGAUGUCUGAGUUCAAGGUUCAGGGCGGACUCUCUCCUGCCACCUCAGAGAUGAACCUGUACAGCUUCAACAAUCGCAGCACCAGUCCGAUCGGGGUACCCACCCCCAUGCUGAACCCCACCCGCACCAGAUUCUCCACAUACGACACACUGAGGAGGAGGACCGACAUGAACAACACUGCGGCGCCCAUUCACUACAGCAUGCGCUCUGCUACACUGGGAGCACCCAAUAAGAGAGACUUCAUAGAAGAACUGACCAAACAGCUGGACGCCUGUCAGAAGCGCAACACAUUCCUGGAAGCAGAGAGCGUAGAGAUGGAGAAAGAGAGGAACCAGAUCAGGUUCGAGAUGCGCGCCCUGCUGGUGAACAAUGAGGACCUGCUGAGGACCAACGCUCAGCUGAACAAUGAGAUGAAGAAGAUGAGGGAGCAGAUGAUAGAGAUGGAUAAAGAGAGCCAGGCCUUGAUGGAGAGAUGCAGAGAGAUGGAGAUUGAAGUGACGGAAGCCCGGGAAAUGAUGGUGGAGGCCAACACUCAGGAGUACGCCUUUAACUUCCUCCAGCAGUCCCUGAAGAACAAGAUCCAGGAUGCUGAGGAGAACCUGGAGAAGCAGACCCAGCACGCUCAGACUCUGGCUGAGAAGUUGUGGCUGAAAGAGAGAAAGCUGGAGGAGAUGGAAGUGAAUGGAGAAAACAGAGAGAAGAAGAUGUCUGACCUCAACAGCACCAUCCUAAGGCUGGAGGACGAGCUCAGCGAGGCUCUGCAGAUGGCCACCCAGAACUCGGCUGAACUGAGCCUGCAGCAGAAAAUACGUGAAGAUGCCCAGAUGAGGGUGGAGGAGCUGGAGGAAGCUCUUCUGGAGAAGGAUCAGGAAACUCAAAAACUGCAGCUCCUUGUCAGCAAACUGCAGGGAGAGGUUUCUGGUAGACUGAUUGAUAAGGAACGCAGUUUGGAAGAGGAGAUCCAGCUGAGGGAGCGGCUGCAGCUGCAGUGUCGGCAGGCUGAGAGGACAGUGGAUGAUCUCACCAUGGAGCUGCAGACCACCAACCAGGCGAAGGACGACCUGACCAAGCAGCUCAAACUGGCUCAGGAGAAGCUGAUCGACCUGGAGAGCGACCUAGAGGAGCUCCACGACAGCGAGCAGAGGUGGGCCGCCAAGCAGAAGAGGGCCAUCGAGCAGACCGAACAGCUGCAGCUGAAGUUGAUUCAGGAGAAAGAUCUCAACGACCAGCUGGAAACUGAGAAGGCUAUCAUGGAGAGACAGUUGAGGGAGCUUCGCCUGGAGGUGGAGGACCUUCACAGCUCCAGGGUCCAGGAGGAUGUUAUUUCCCGAGCUGAGACCCGAGCCAAGGAGCUGGAAAGUGCGCUGAGAGCUGAGGAGAGGAACAAAGCGACUCUGACAAACACCAUCAGUAAACUGGAGAGGAAGAUCAACGAGCUGACUGAUCAGAUGGAGGAGGACCACCGGAUCUCUACGGAGCAGAAAGACCUGAUGACCCAGAGGCUCCGCACCCUGAAGCGUCAGCUGAACGAGGCUGAGGAGGAGGCGACCAGGAAGGAGGCGCAGUACCGCCACCUCCAGAGGGAGCUGACUGAGGAGAGGGAGACCAGCAGCCGACUUCAGAGGCAGCUGCUCGACCAGCACCUGCAAAACAAACGCAAGGAGAACCUGACGAUCCGUCAGACUUUGGAUAGCCUGAGGUUGGGCCUCAGCGGGGACGAAGAGGAAGAGGAAGAGCAGCCACUAAAUGAACAACCACCCACCAUGACUAAAGUUUAAUCCCUCCUUCCUCAGAAGAAAUGGAGUCUGUGCCACCAGUUCUGCAGCAGCACAUUUAGCUGGUUGGAAAUAAUCUGGUGUUACUGGGAAGUUGUUCAACUCUGAAACUGGCUAAGAAAUGCAUUCAAAAUAUUUGUUGCUAGGUAGUAGCAAACAGAUCAUUGCCAUGAAACGGCUACAAUGAUUCCAGGUUGACCCACAGCUUGAUUCAUAAUCAGGACUCUUCCAUCCCCGUCUCCUCAACUCUUCCUUGUUAAUUUGUAGGUCGUUAAAGCCCUUCGUCUCCCUCUGCUGGUGAACAUGAUGAACUGUGGGCUCAGCUGCUGUUUUCCCUUUAGAUGUUUGUAGGAGUCACGAACUUGUUUGCACUGGAGUGCCGGAGCUUGCCUGGUGAAAACUGUUUAGGUUGCCUUAAUCUCUUCCACUAGAAUGUAGUUAGGAUAGAAUAAGCUUUAAAAUUCAGAAGUAGGUUUUCUACUUUAUGGAAACUAUCACAGAGACAAUAUCAGUUUUAUUUUUAUAUAUCUGCAGUAUUUUGUUCAAGAUGCUUUACAGGGUGAUAACAGUGUCUGUGGGAUACCUGAGGGGUCUUUGAUUGUGGCCGAUUGUUCACCUCAAUCACAAAGAUUAUUUAUACAUAUAUUGUGUUUUAAAGAGUGUUUAAGUCUUUUUGGGACAUCUCUUAAAAGUUUGAAUUUUAGAAUAAAUUGUUUUGCAUAUUUAAAAGUCCAUUUGUGUAAAUCGUCUGUAAACAUUUUUCAGAGUUGGAUGUUGGAUAUUUAAUUUGGGGAGAGCAGUUUACUCUGAAUUUUAAUGGCAAAAGAGGUGAUUUGUACUAAACAUUAAUUAGAAAAUCAAGAUUUUUUUUAUGUGUAUUAAAGGGAACUCGUUGGUUAAUUACACUACCCCCUAGUUAGAAACGUAACCCUGAAACCCAGAUGCAGGUUGAGUUCUGCCAUGUUUACAAUGUUUCCUAUUUUAAAAUCGAGCACAAACACGAGGUUUUAAAUCUGAACUCCACACUUUGUCUACAGCUGUGUUUCUUAAGCCUGGUCCUACAGUCCCGCGUGUUUUAGAUGUUUCUGCUGGAGCACAUCUGGAACACCCCCAGGGCUGCAGAAGCCUGUUUAUCACCCAUUCAUUUAAAUCAGGUGUUUGGCACCAGAGUAACAUCUAAAACAUGGAGAACAGUGGGCUCUGAGAACCCUGGUCUAAAAGAUAAAACUUUGUGAAAAGUGUACAAAUAUUUGUGUUAAACCGGUCUUGAUAUUAGCGGGUAUUUAUUUUUCACACCAUUUCAUCCUUUGGUACAACCUACAAUUAAAGUCUUGUCUUUAAA